AUGGCGGCCAUUGAAGCCAUUUACAUAAUAGAUCUUAAUGGAAAGGUCGUAUUGGACUACCCAACCUGUCCCUCGCCUCCUCCCAUUGAAACCCUCAUACCAUACAUCAUCUCACCUGAAAAUGGCCUCAUUCUUUCCGCCUCAACUGAUUCCAUUCGCUCAGAUACAACAAGUGCUCAGCUUCUCCAUGAAUAUCAGCGGCAGCUCCGUCCACCCAUAAUUGAAGUUUCUUCUUCUCUUCUUCUUUUUCAUCAAAAAUAUGGCAACAUUAUAUUUCUUUUGCCUUGCUCCUCGACAACUCCUGCAUUUUUACCUUAUGAAUUCAUUGCACGACUCAUUGAAACUUUUGAGAGCUAUUUAUCUGCGCCACUCCUCCCAACAAAAAUUGAGUCCAACUUUGAUAUCAUUGCAAUGGUACUUGCCGAAAUGAUUGACGGUGGCCUUCCUGUUACUACAGAACCAGAUGCUAUUCAUGAUCUUGUCCAACCUUCCGGUGCUAUUUCCAAACUUAUUUCUACUGCCACUGGCAAUAUGCCAUCUCACACAAUUACAAAUCCAAGCGACAUUCCUUGGCGUCGUGCAAACGUCCGGCAUGCAAAUAACGAACUUUUUGUUGACAUUAUCGAAACAAUUACUUCUGUCAUUCCUCCUACUCGUAAGGCCACUGCAUCUUUUUCGACUGCUGCCUCUUCUGCAUAUAGCUCUGCAGUCCCUUCAGGUCCUACUACCUCUCGGCCCCUCAUCUCCCGUGUCGAUGGUAAUGUUUUCAUUUCAUCCCACCUUUCAGGUGUCCCCGAGGUCUCACUCUCUCUCAAUACUGGAUCCCACAAACUUCUUUAUCCAGCAUUUCACCCUUGCGUCCGCUACGAGAAGUUUGAAAACUAUGCACCCGACUCGGCCACCAGUCCUUCGUCAAAUGGCCCCGGAGGACCUUCAGCUAUCUCGAAUUCCUCGGCAGGCAAACACGCAACCUUUUCUUUUAUCCCGCCUGACGGGAAAUUUCUUCUUGCAUCCUAUACCCUUGAUCAUGUGUCUUUAGGCCUUGUUCAGGCUGAUCUACGCACAGGACUUGGUCCCAAACGUGAUGAGUUCGAGGUUCGUGUGUGGACUCUCAUGUCACGCGACACAAAAUACAUUGAGAACCUUAGCUUGUCCAUAGCCUACGACUCAGAUCUUAUUCGUGUUCUUAAACCCCUUCGUGUUUCUACAGGUGACCUCAAUGCAGUUCCUGGUGCUUCUGCAGCUGAAUGGCAAUUUGGAGCUAAAACGCCACUUGGCUGGAAUGCCACUCUUCGUGGAACUCUAGUGAAAAUUGAAGCAGAAGCAGAUUCAGAGGAUGAAACAAAAGAUGACAAUAAAGACCAAGAGGUUGUGGUUGUCUCUUCUAAACCGCGGGCCCACAAGUCAGCAACUUCGCUAUUUGAUCUUCAAAAUACUGAAGAUAAUGAAUCGAUUGCUUCUACUGAUGAAAAGAAGAAGAAGAAGAAAAAGUCUAAGAAGAAAACUAAGGAUUCAGAUGAUUCAGUAUCACCUCCUCCGUCAUCGGCCCAUAAAGUCUUCCAAAAGCCAGUUCCAACACCCAAGCUACUGUCUAAUAAACCCAUAUACCCAACGCAUGUCACACUUUCUUACAAAGCUAUUGGCCAGGUUCCAAGUGGCACCAAGGUGCAGAGCCUUAAGAUUACAAACUCAAGAGGUUCUGGCGAUAGCGCAACUAAGCCUUUUAAAGGUGUACGUUAUAUUACACUAACAGGUGAUUACGUUAUUCGGUAA